UUCUCAGAGGAAGCCGUUGCUUUCUGGGAUCUGGCUAUAGCAGAAAGGACAUCGGCUCCAGCAGAGCUUUUCCAGAGGGUACCUGGGAGUUGGAAGAGCCAAAGACGCCUCCACACUCUGGAUUUGGGGUUCUCUGUCCAUGGGUGCAACACCCGUGCUCAGUUUGUGAGCUUCGUCCCAGGAGAGCAACCAUGGCACUCAGGAACGUGCCCUUUCGCUCUGAGGUCCUGGCCUGGGACCCUGACACCCUUGCAGACUAUUUCAAGAAGCUGAACUACAGGGACUGUGAAAAGGCUGUGAAGAAAUAUCACAUCGACGGGCUGCGGUUUUUGAACCUGGCAGAGAAUGACAUCCAGAAAUUCCCUAAGCUCCGGGUGCCCAUUCUCAGUAAGUUGAGUCAAGAAAUCAACAAGAAUGAAGAGAGAAGGAGCAUUUUCACACGCAAACCCCAAGUCCAGCGGUUUCCUGAGGAACCAGAAAGCCAUGAAGAAGACAACGGAGGCUGGUCAUCCUUUGAUGAAGAUGACUAUGAAAGUCCCGAUGAUGAUCAGUAUGGGGAGGAUGACGGUGACUAUGAGUCCCCCAAUGAAGAGGAAGAGGCCCUCGUGGAAGAUGACGCCGAUUAUGAGCCGCCACCCUCCAACAACGAGGAGGCUCUGCAGAACUCCAUCCUGCCUGCCAAGCCUUUCUCCAACCCCGGCUCCAUAUACAUAGACCGGCCCCAUUCCGGGAAAGUGCAGCAGCCGCCCGUGCCCCCGCAGAGGCCGAUGGCCGCCAUCCUUCCUUUGCCCUCCGGCAGCCGGGCUCACUCGCCACUACCGCCACCCCAGCCCAACCACGAAGAGCCUAGCAGAAGUAGAAACCACAAAACAGCAAAGCUCCCUGCCCCUUCCAUAGACAGAAGCACGAAACCACCCCUAGAUCGUUCCUUAGCUCCGUUUGACAGAGAGCCCUUCGCAAUAGGAAAGAAACCAGCGAUUUCUGACAAGGUAAGCUUUCUCCUUGUUUUGCCUCUCGGGGAGCAUUUACCCAAGAUACAAAAGCCCCCGUUGCCACCAGCCAUGGAAAGGCAUGACAGAAGCAGCCCCCUGCCAGGGAAGAAGCCACCUGUGCCAAAGCAUGGAUGGGGAUCAGACAGAAGAGAGAAUGAUGAAGAUGAUGUACAUCAGAGAUCUCUGCCCCAGCCAGCACUGCUCCCCAUGAGCUCCAACACCUUCCCUUCGAGAUCUACUAAGCCAUCGCCCAAGCACUCCGUCCCAUCAGCUCACCUGCCCGGAGCCUUCUCAGAAAGCAACAGUGGUUUUUCGCAGAGUGCCUCCCUGCCGCCAUACUUCUCUCAAGGCCCUAGCAACAGGCCACCUCCCAGAGGUGAAGGCAGGAGCUUUCCCUCGCCAGCCCCGACCAAACCUCAGCUGCCAUCGCCUUCGGAAGGAGAGAAUUCAUUAAAUGAAGACUGGUAUGUUUCGUAUAUUACCCGAAUAGAGGCAGAAGCGGCUCUUAGAAAGAUAAACCAGGAUGGCACUUUCCUGGUUAGAGACAGCUCUAGAAAAACAAUAACCAAUCCAUACGUCCUCAUGGUUCUGUACAAAGAGAAAGUUUACAACAUUCAGAUCCGUUAUCAGGAGGAAAGCCAAGUUUACUUGUUGGGAACUGGACUCCGAGGGAAAGAGGACUUUCUGUCUGUGUCAGAUAUUAUCGACUACUUCAGGAAAAUGCCACUUCUGCUCAUUGAUGGGAAGAACCGAGGUUCCAGAUACCAGUGCACAUUAACGUAUUCUGCAGGUUAUCCCUAGCAAGUUAGCCAAGCAAAUGAACCUUCCUCCUGCCUCUGUCCCAGCCUGGGAAGAUCAAUCAACCUUGGUGAACCGUCAAACACUCAGGGAUGAUUUGAACCCCUCAACACGAACACAAAGGUUUUGUCCUUUCCCUUAAGAAAGUGUUUGAAAUGAAGACUGUCAAAGAUCCCAUAAUUUAUUCUUCAAUAUUUGCAAAGUGCAUGAGUAAUAAUGUUCACACUUGAAGUCUAGUAGUGCACUGUAAUAAUUCAUUUUAAAAAGAUGUGUAUUUGAACACCCAUUUCCACGUACAGUGGUUUACAUACCUACAGAAACAAUUUGGGGUAAGUUUCGAAACACUGAAAUGGUACUAGUUUUUGGUAACACGUAAAACUGAUUUUUUAAAUAGCCAAUCCUUUACCAUUCAAAGCAAUCAUCAGUUUUAUAUGUAUAAUUUGAAAAUUACUAAAAUUUAAUUUCUCAAGAGCAAUAAUUGAAGAGGCUUCAAAAGUGUUUCAUACUUAUUUGGUGUUUUUGCUGGGGGGAUUUUUGUAUACUUUUUUAAUGAAGAAGAUAAAUGC